AUGUUCCCUUCCGAGAAAAGAGAAAUAGAGACCGGGGUCACGCCCGGGACCUUCGCACAGCUCAUCGACCAUAGCAAUCCGAGUCUGGGCACGUUCAACCAAAAAUUCUGGUUCAAUCACAAUUGGUGGAAUGGGACAGGCUCUCCCAUUGUCCUCUUCGCGCCGACCCACGACAAUGCAACAGGGUUCAGCGGCUUUCUUCUAAACACCGAAGAGCUUGGCGGCGCAUCAAUCAUUCUCGAGCACAGAUAUUGGGGAGACUCCAACCCAUUCGAGACGUUGAUCACCGAGUAUCUGACGCUGGAGAAUGCGAUCCAAGACAUCAUACAUUUCGCCCAAAACGUCGAGCUGCCCUUUGCACCUGAUGGGACCACCGCCACGGACUGCCCGUGGGUACUCUUUGGCGGUUCGUACGCAGGUGGUGUCGUAUCGUGGACCGCGAGUCUGUAUCCUGACACUUUCUGGGCAUACUACUCUUCUAGCGGAUCUAUGCAAGCUAUCGAAUCAUACUGGGAGUACUUCGUCCGCAUCGAGAGGGGCAUGGCAAAGAAUUGCAGCAAAGACGUCGCUGGUGUUGUUGACUACAUGGACAAUGUGUUUCUCCAUGGUUCCGAUCAGAAUAUCACCGAUCUAAAAGCGAAGUUCACUGGCCUAGAGUCGUUGCAGAACAAUGACCUUAUGAACGUUAUCGGGCUAGCGCCUGGGAUGUGGCAAUUGGGGGAUCCAACCGACAACCAUCUCUUCCUCACCUGGUGCGACUACAUCGCAAACGUCAACGUAACCUCCACUGUCUCCGGUCCAGAAGGCGUUGGCGUCGAAGCAGCCCUAUCAGGCUACGUGAAGUGGUGGAACGAGGCCGGGCACGCCUUUUUCCGCGAAUUCCUCAAUUGCAAUACCCGCGGACUCAAUGACUACGACUGCUUCGACAGCCACAACGCUUCUUCAGUCCAGUACACGGACGUCUCCCGGAGAGAUCUCACCCUCCGAUCUUACCAAUGGCUACUCUGUAGCCAACCAUUUGGGCUCUGGCAGACUGGCGCUCCCGCAGGCCGACCGUCCCUCGUAUCGCGCCUCGUAGAUGAUGAGUAUUUCAAGCGAAUCUGCGGACUGUACUUCCCUCCUGGCCCCGAUGGCGUCGGCUACGACAAAGGCCGCACCGUCGACGACACCAAUGCUUACACUGGUGGCUGGAAUCCGAAGAAUGUCUCCCGCAUCGUCUAUGUGGAUGGCGAAUUCGAUCCGUGGGCAUCGCUCGGCGUGGCCUCGGACUUUCGACCGGGUGGUCCGUUGCAGAGUUCGGAGGAUGUACUUGUGCUGACUUUGCCGAGGGGACACCAUUGUACUGAUAUGUACGCUUGGCUCGCACCGAAGUAUCCGGAAUUGCAAGAGGUGAUCGAUCAAGCUUUGGCGCAGAUUGUAAAGUGGGUUGGGGAGUGGCCGGGGAAGAAAGAGUAG